GUUAGCUGUGGGAACAUGGCGCACUUACUCUGGAUUAACUUCCCUCAGGAAAACCUCUGGAGCAUCGUUAUUUAACUCUCUAACUUCGCACAUAUUCAGCGAUAAGUGAAGCUGCCGUAGAGUUAGCCUAACCUGCGUUACUUUGCUCCUCUGCUGUUGUUUUGGAUGAGUUUUCUCUGCUGCUGCUGCUGGGGGAUGAAAGUUUGGAGCCGCUGGAUUUAGCAGAGAGAGAGAGAGAGAGCGAGAGAGCAGGAUGGAAAAGCACAGGAGCAGGAAAGAAAAGUUUUCUCUGUUUGGCUCUCGCUCCACCAGCAGGACCACCCUUCCUCCCUCCUCCUCCUCCACCUCUUCCUCUCCAGUCAUCCCGUCUCGAUCGUCUAAACUGAAGAAGCCUGACCGCCCUCCCCCCGUCCGUCCCCCGAGCCCUCCCGGCCCACCUGUCCUGAGUAAAGCGGAGUUCCUGGAGCGCGUGCGUCGCAGUAACCAGGCCUGCCAGCAGGGGGAGUUUGCUCUGGCGGUACGUCUGUACACCGAGGCUCUGACCGCUGACCCACAGAACUGCAUCCUGUACAGCAACCGCUCUGCAGCCUACCUGAGGCUGGGUCAGUACAGCACGGCACUGGACGACGCCAUCAAGGCUCGACUCAUCAACCCCAAAUGGCCCAAGGCCUACUUCCGUCAGGGGGUUGCCCUGCAGUACCUGGGUCGCCAUGCAGACGCCCUGGCAGCGUUCGCCUCCGGCCUGGCCCAGGACCCCAAGAGUCUCCAGCUGCUGGUCGGCAUGGUGGAGGCCGCCAUGAAGUCGCCCCUCAGAGAUUCCCUGGAGCCGACCUAUCAGCAGCUCCAGAAGAUGAAGCUGGAUAAAAGCCCUUUCGUGGUCGUCUCUGUCAUCGGUCAGGAGCUGCUAACUCACGGUUUCCACGGCGCCUCUGUCGUCGUGCUGGAGGCGGGGCUUAAAAUCGGCACGUGCUCCUUAAAGCUGCGUGGAUCUGUCUUCUCCGCCCUAAGCUCCGCCUACUGGUCUCUAGGUAACAUAGAGAAGAGCAUGGCGUACAUGCAGCAGGACCUGGAGGUGACCAAGACUUUAGGUGAUCAGACAGGUGAAUGCAGAGCUCAUGGGAACCUUGGCUCCGCCCACUUUUCCAAAGGGAGUUAUAGAGAGGCUCUGGCCAAUCACAGAAACCAGCUCGUGCUGGCGAUGAAGCUCAAGGAAAGGGAGGCCGCGUCGGACGCUCUCAGCAGUUUGGGUCAUGUGUACACGGCGAUCGGAGACUAUCCCAACGCUUUGGCCAGUCACAAACAGUGUGUGCUGUUGGCUCGGCAAACACAGUGUCAGCUGUCUGAAGCUCGCCAGCUGGGGAACAUGGGCGCCGUUUACACCGCGCUGGGAGACUUCACCAAUGCUGUGCAGUGCCACGAGCAGCACCUGGACAUCGCAAAGACUUUGGAGAACCGUCGAGAAGAGGCGCGGGCGUACAGCAACCUGGGCAGUGCGUACCACUCUCAGCGGGACUUUGACAAGGCGAUAUCGUACCACACACGAGUGCUGGAGCUGGCUCAGGAGCAGGGAGACCGAGCCAUCGAGAUGAGGGCGUACGCCGGGCUGGGACACGCUGCUCGAUGCAUGCAGGACCUGGAUCGGGCACGUCAGUACCACCAGCACCAGUUGGAGAUCGCUCAGGAGCUGCAGGACCGAGCUGCCCAGGGCCGAGCUUCUUCAAACCUCGGUAUCAUCCACCAGAUGAAGGGGGAGUAUGACACGGCACUGAAGCUCCACAAAGCCCACUUGUCCUUCGCCCAGGAGCUGAGUGAUUAUGCAGCACAGGGGAGAGCGUACGGUAACAUGGGAAACGCCUACCAUGCACUAGGUAUUUAUGACCAGGCUGUGCGGUACCACCGGCAAGAACUUCAGAUCUCACUGGAGGUGAACGAUCGUCCAUCCCAGGCCUCCACACACGGAAACCUGGCUGUGGCCUACCAGGCUCUGGGAGCUCACGACCGAGCUCUGCAGCACUACCUUCACCACCUGAGCAUCGCACGAGAGCUCCAAGACACUCAGAGUGAAGCAAGAGCACUAGCAAACUUGGGGAACUUCCACAGCUGGAGAGGGGAAUAUGCUCAGGCCUUGCCGUACUACCAACAGUACUUAAAUCUGGCUCCAGGCCUGCAGGACAUGGAGGGAGAGGGGAAGGUUUGCCACAACCUGGGCUACGCUCACUACUGCCUCGGACAGUACAGAGAUGCUGUCAGGUAUUACGAGCAGGACCUGGCCUUGGCUAAAGACCUCCAGGAUAAACUAGCCCAGGCGAAGGCCUACUGCAACCUGGGUCUGGCCCACAAAGCUCUGAGGGAGUACAACAAAGCAGAGGAGUGUCAGAGAUACCUGUUGUCCAUAGCACAAGCCCUGGAUAACACCCAGGCCGUUUUCAGGGCCUUUGGGAACCUUGGGGAUAUCUGUGUGUGUCGGGGUGAUCUUCCUGGAGCGGUGAGGUUCUACCAGCAGCAGUUAAAUCUGGCUCAGAGGGUCGACGACCAGAAGAUGGAGGCCGACGCCUACUCAGCACUCGGAUCCGUCCACAGGCUGCUCCGUCAGUUAGACACAGCGUUGUCCUUCCACAGCCAGGAACUGACCGUCCGCAAAGAUCUAGGUGACCAGCAGGGGGAGUGCCGGGCCCUGGGCCACCUGGCAGCAGUACACAUGGCCCUGGGAGACUACGCUACGACCUUCCAGUGUUACGAGACCCAGCUCGGCCUCGCUCAGGGACUCAGGGAUGCCCGUUUGGAAGCGCAGGUCCACGGAAACAUGGGCAUCACUAAAAUGAACAUGGGCGUGUUUGAGGAGGCGAUUGGAUAUUUUGAGCAGCAGCUGGCCAUGCUGCAGCAGCUGAGCGGCACCGAGAGCAUGCUGGACAGAGGCAGGGCCUACGGCAACCUGGCCGACUGCUACGACGCUCUGGGAGACUUUGAGGAGGCGAUACAGUAUUAUGAGAAGUACCUGACAGUGGCUCAGAGUCUAAACCAUAUCCAGGACCAGGAGAAGGCCUACAGAGGACUCGGCAAUGCUCACAGGUCUAUGGGAAAUCUCCAGCAGGCUCUGGUGUGCUUUGAGAAGCGACUGGUGGUGGCUCAUGAGCUGGGUGGAGAAGGAGGAGGGAAGGCUCAGGCGUACUGGGAGCUGGGCACCUUACACAGCCAGCUGGGGAACUAUGAGCAGUCUCUGUCCUGCCUGGAACAUCAGCUUAACAUCGCACGGACAGCCGGGGAUAAAUCCCUGGAAGCAGAAGCGAGCGACGCACUCGGGGGUGUUUAUCAGCUGAUGGCAGACAACGAGACAGCGCUACAGUGGCACCAGAGGGCUUUGGACAUAGCAGAGCAGACGGGCUGUGUGAGGAGCCAGGGCCGAGCCUACGGAAACCUGGGGCUGACCUACGAGGCUUUAGGGAACUACGAGCGGGCCGUGGUCUUCCAGGAACAGCACCUGAGUAUAGCAGCGCAAACCAACGAUCUGAUCGCUAAAACGCUCGCCUACGGGAGCCUGGGAAGGAUACACCAUGCACUGCAAAACUAUGCACAGGCUGUGAUGUACCUACAGGAAGGUCUGCGUUUGGCAGAGCAGUUGGGUCGGCGGGAAGAUGAAGCUAAGAUUCGCCAUCGCCUUGGCCUGUCGCUGUGGGCUGGAGGAAACCUGGAGGAGGCUCAGCACCAGUUGUACAGGGCGUCGGUGUUAUUUGAGACGAUCCGUCAUGAGACGCAGCACAGCACAGAUUACAAGCUCUCUCUGUUUGAUCUGCAAACAAGCUCGUACCAGGCUCUCCAGAGGGUCCUCGUCAGCCUGGGCCGCCAUGAUGAGGCCUUGGCGAUAGCAGAGCGAGGGCGGACGCGAGCCUUCGCUGAUCUGCUGGUGGAACGGCAAAAAGGAAGUCAGCCGACAGCGAGCGCCGACCCAUACAUCCCAGUCACCGUGGAGAACAUCCUGGAGACGGUGAACGGUCAGAGAGCCGUCGUCCUUUAUUACUCCCUGGCUGGAGGUUUCCUGUACAGCUGGCUGAUAGCACCUGGCACAGGUAUUGUGAAGUUUAAUGAGGUUUACCUGGGAGAGGCCGGAGCGGAGACGUCAGAGUUCCAGGAUGGAGGAGGGAGUCCUCAGAGUGGAGGAGGAGUAGGAGGAGGUCCACUGACUCUGGAGCAGUACAUCAGCAAUGCCAGAGAGGCUCUAGGAGUGGACAGCCACUACAGCAGAGUUUGCUCCAGCAGUGAGACGGAGAGCGAAGCUGGAGAUCUGUUGGAACAACAGUUCGAGGAGCUGAACAACAAACUGACGUCAGCCACAGACCCCACAGGAUACCUCCGCAUGGUGUCCAGGAACAACCUCUUCAACAGAAGCUGCCAGAGCAUGACAAGUCUCUACAGCGCUACAGUCUCUCCGGCAAAGGACGGCUUAUCCUCUCCUCAUUGUCGACCGAGUAACAUCAGCAAACCUCCUUUACGAGCGCUUUACGACUUACUCAUUGCACCAAUGGAAGGGGGUCUGAUGCACAGCAGCGGACCGGUGGGCAGACACAGACAGCUUGUCCUGGUCCUUGAGGGAGAAUUGUACCUGAUCCCAUUUGCCUUGCUCAAAGGCAGCUCUUCUAAUGAAUACCUUUAUGAGAGGUUCAGUCUCAUCUCUGUACCUUCUUUAGCUAGCCUGGGGGCCACAAUCAAGCCUCAUCCUCGCCGUGGUGGCCCUUUUCAUUGCUCAGAUGGAGGUUCAGUGGCUGCUGUGAUUGGAGCUCCUCGCCUGCCGUCGUCUGUGAUGGACCGCUGGCUUUGGGGUCCCUUACCUUCAGCCCAGGAGGAAACAUUAUGGCUGGGAGAUCAGCUAGGGUGUCAUCCUUUAACUGGAGCAAACGCCACAAAAGAGCGCGUUCUAGCCGCUCUGAGUCAGGCCGAGUGCGUCCACUUUGCCACUCAUAUUUCCUGGAAACUCGCCGCUUUGGUCCUCGCACCCAGCCAGGAGCACGCGGGAGGAGGAAGAAGCAGAGAGAAGUCACCGUGUGGGGCGUCGAAUUCAGGAGAGGCUGGAGGUCAAAACGGGAAAAUGAGAGGUUCAUUUUCAAAGAGUCACAGCAGCCCAGAGAGACUCCGAGAAGCAGACGAAACCAGCGACGAUGGAGAGAGUGUGUGUGACGUUGAGAGUGUGUGUGACAGUCCUCCUCUUCAUGACUUCCUCCUCACUGCUGCAGACAUCCUGGACCUCUGCUUGAACGUCAAACUGGUGGUUCUGAGGUUGUACCCAGAGUCGAGCGGUAAGGUGUCAGCUGAUGGGGUGGUGGGUCUGACUCGAGCCUUCCUUGCUGCUGGGGUCCACUGUGUUUGUGUCUCUCUGUGGCCUGUGCCGAUAGCUGCCUCCAAACUGUUCACACACACCUUCUACACGGCGCUGCUCAACGGCACUAAAGCCAGCGUUGCUCUGACUGAGGCCAUGAAAACGCUGCAGAGCAGCAAACACUUCUCACACCCCUCUAACUGGGCCGGUUACAUGCUCAUUGGCAGCGAUGUGAAGCUGAACAGCCCCAUGUCUCUGGUUGGUCAGGCUCUGUCAGAGAUCCUUCAGUACCCAGAGAGAGCCAGAGACGCCCUGAGAGUGCUGCUACACCUGGUUGAGAAAUCUUUGCAGCGUAUUCAGAGCGGUCAGUGUAACCCGAUGUACACGUCACAGCAAAGCGUGGAGAACAAGGUCGGCGGGGUGCCUGGGUGGCAGGCUCUCUUGUCUGCUGUGGGUUUCCGGUUAGAUUUCACCGGUAGCGGCGCCGGUCUUCCAGCGGCGGUUUUCUUCCCAACGUCAGACCCCGGUGAUCGUCUGCAACAGUGCAGCACCACUCUGCAGUCUCUGCUUGGUCUGACUCCAGCUGCUCUGCAGGCUCUCUGUAAACUGGUCACAGCGUCUGAAGCAGGAGAGCAGCUCAUCCAUAAGCUCCAUCAGGUCCUGGUUCAGUUACAGUCCAGCGAGAAGGAGCAGGACUUUUCUCUGGCCCCCAUUCAGGUGUCGAUUAGCGUUCAGCUCUGGAGACUUCCAGGCUGCCACGAGUUCCUCGCUGCACUUGGUUUUGACCUGUGUGAGGUCGGUCAGGAGGAAGUCGUACUAAAAACUGGAAAACAGGCGAGCAGACGCAUCAUGCACUUUGCUCUUCAGUCUCUUCUGGCUCUCUUUGACUCCACAGAGCUUCCUAAGCGUCUGAGCAUGGACAGCUCGUCGUCCCUGGAGUCUCUGUCGUCCUCCCAGUCCACCUCCCAGCCUCACUCCUUACCCCUCUCCUUCAGCGGUUACCCCCCUCAGCCCUCCUUCUUACCCCCCGUCUGUCCCGACAACCUCUCCUGUGACGCCAUCUCCGUCUACAGCCUCAGCUCCCUCGCCUCCUCCCUCAGCUUCCUGUCCCGACCCGAGCCCGCAGGAAGUGACAUCAUCAGCCAGCGCUCGCAUCAACAGGACCUGGACAGAUCUCGAGGAGGAGGGGGUCUGUACUCCUCACAUCGGAACUCGGGAGGUCUGCAGAGGGGUCGGCUGACCAGUCAGGGAGGAGGAGGAGGAGGAGGAGGAGGAGGGGAGGAUGAGGAGUACGAGGGUUACUCCAUCAUCAGCAGCGAGCCGUUAGGACGAGGAAGGAGGGACUGUGACACGCUGCCGCUGCCUGCAGGACACAGACAGGGCAGAGGGGGUGCUGGGAGAGGGGCUGCAGGGGGUCAUGGGUACCCUAUUACAACGUCAUCCAAGGGGAGCGUCAGCACGCCUACAUCACCAAUAAAAGCUCCGCCUCCACUGCCUCAAAAACCUGCGAGUCCCAGAGACAGGCAGCAGAUCUCAUCUCCUUCAAGGACGGGGAAAGGGAAGGUUAGCAGCUCGGAGUCAGACCAGUCGAGCACAGAGACAGACAGCACGGUGAAAUCCCAGGAGGAGAGGACGGUGCCGGUGGGACAGCUGGACCCACAGGAGCUGGCCCAGAAGAUCCUGGAGGAGACGCAGAGCCACAUGCACGCCGUGGAGAGCCUUCAGAAAGCAAACAUCAGAGGGACGACACAGAGAGGAGGCGAGAGAGAGGAGGCGCAGGCAAGGCAGACUUCUCUUUCUACCCCCACAACGCCGACUCUCACUGGAGGAGCGCGGGGGUUUCAGCCCUCUGAGACCAGCGCCUUCAGUAGACCUCCCAGCAGGGCGAGUUUAAAGGCUUCCUCCUCCCCUCUCUCCCUCUCUGGACAUCUUUCACCCCUCUCUCCUUCUGUUUCAACACCUCCUCCCACCCGACCCAAACCUCCAUCCCGCUCCUCAUCUCUACAGAAAAUCAGCUCCGGGUACACGAGCCCGGCUCAUUCCUCUCCGUCUUUAUCAGUCUCUGUGAGAAAAAUGGAUUCACCUUUCUACACAGGUUCCCCAGAUGUGCACGCCCACGCUUCAGUCAAACUAAAACAACCCCCUUCACCUUUCACCGCCCACUCUCCUGCUGACACCGCCCCCUCCCCAGCCCUCUCCUACUCCUCUGCAGGAUCCGUUUCUGCCUCCUCCAGCCCUGCAAACACCCCCGAACUGAACCAAAACAAACCGGAUAGUAAGGUCCAGACUGUUCAUAACUUAAAGACAUUCUGGGCCAACGCCAGUCAGAAACACGAGGGGCCCUGUCCCGCCAGUUUACUCCGAGGUGAGAAUAAAAAAAUGAGUACAGUUCAGAAAGAUGUUUUAGGUUUGCUGAAUCUCUCACCUCGACACAAGUCUGCCAGCAGAGACGAGGAGGAAUCGAAGGAGAACAACACUGGUGAGAAGGCGAACGGUCACCACAAUCUGGAGGCUAAACCUCCUCCGCCUCCUCCCUCUACUAAACCCACAAACUCCAAAGGAAGUAUUAAACUUCCCUCUGGGAACGGCUACAAGUUUCACUCUCCUGGACAUUUUUUCCCUUCAUCUAAAUGUUGAGAGUGUGGAUAUUUACUGCAGAAUCAUAGUCUUUAUAUAAGAAGUGGUUCCAGCUACCAUAACGUCACCCACUAGAGCCGGGGUGACAGACUCAAUCACAGCAGGGGCUGGAUUCUGAAUUUGGGUCUAACCUGGGGGCCUAACAGGGUCAACAUUUCCCAUAAACUGUCAACCUCAUCUUCACCAGUAUGGAAUUAUAGGGAGAAGACUUAACAUUGAUGAUAAUUGAUAUUGAGACUAAAAAAAAAGUCCAAAAUGUAAAAAAUCGUGACUUUUAACAAUUAAAAUACUAGAUGAAAUUGAAAAAUCAUGAGCUCUAAAUGUCAAAAUAUGAGAUUAUAUUCAGAAUCAUG